GUGAUAGAAGACUUUGCAAACACAAUAUUGUGCCCUUCUGUCACGAUACAGGAAAACCACUCUCAUAUUAACAAACAAAAGAUAAAUCACAACAUUGGUAACAAUCAACAUUAAGUUAGAGGUUAUUGUGGCAGAAUAAACGUGAAAUUAAGACUUAAGCAAAUGGUUGGCACGAUUGAAUGUAAGAAAAACACAAUCUGUGAAUCAAGUCGUUUCAUGAUGAUUAAAUCAUCAAAUAUCAUUUAUCAGGUUAGAGUCAAAAGUUGACUUUUAACUAAAUAAAAAAGCAGUAAGACAUGUUAUGACUUCUAAAGUGUGAUGGAAUAUUCAGGUGAUGUGAUGUUUGUUUGUUUCUAAAUUAAAACUGGAUUGUUUAGGUUAGUUUUGGUUGAUGGGCUCCAUUUGCUUGUAUAGUGAAGUGACUUCAUCAGAUCAACACCGCAGGAACGAUCUGCACUUUUAACACAAGAACAAUGACUCUCUGUUUGCUUUGGCUAAACAAAAAUGGCACUUUGCUUCUCCCGGAUGAUUUGUUAUUUGAAUGCAGCGCCUCAUAUUAAAAACAACAUGGAAAAGGAAAAAUGGAAAUCUAAGUAUCUUCAAACUGAAGCCGGGUUGGCACGAAAUGAAAUGCAGGCAGAUUUGCAUGAGGAAUCAUAGCCAGGAUGUGCAGAUCAUACUAAUUCAUCAGAAAGACACCUCAGAAGUCAGUAGUGUUUCAUCUUCUGUCUGGUCAUACAGAUUUGUUACACCCUUUAAAUUCAUCAGAAAUGGAAAGGCUGUCUCAUUUGCUUCUUCUGUCAGCAGGACUGUGUCUGUUGAUCCAGAGCAUCACAUGUCAGUAUGUUCUCAUCCAGGAGAGCAAGAGCUGGGAUGAGGCACUAGCUUACUGCCGACAGAAUCACAUUGACCUGGCCACUGUUCAAAACAAUGAAGACUGGACAAAUAUACAGAGAGAUGUUCAACCUGCAUUGACUUCAGCCGUCUGGACUGGAAUGUUCAACGACCAGCUGGCGGUGGUCUUAUCAAGAUGAGAGGAUGGCGCUUGUGCUUUGGGACUCUGGAGAGCCAAGCAACUACGCUGGGAAACAGGCACAUGGUGUAAUGCUGGAUGGCAAAUGGAAUGAUCUAGAGUACUAUUUUCAAAUUCCCUUUUUUUGCUACAAUGAGGAGGAAACAGGAGCGAGCAGGUUUGUUUUCGUCACGAGCCUGAAGACCUGGCAUGAAGCUCAGAGUUACUGCAGACAACAUCACACAGAUCUGGCCACCAUCCGAAGUCAAAGUGAGAAUGACCAGCUGCAGCAGAUGAUGCAAGGAGUUACCUCAGCAUGGAUCGGUCUGUUCAGGGACUCGUGGAAGUGGUCAAAUGGAGCAAAUGUCAACAUGUCCUCAAUUAACUGGAUGGCUGGACAACCCAAACUUGGCGGGCUGAAUAACCGGCCUUGUGCUGUUAUACAUCCUAAUGGUUUCAGAGAUGAUCGAGCUUGCUCUGAUGCCCUCCCUUUCAUCUGUAAGAUCUGUUCUCUUUGAUGAUCCUGCUUUCUGGUGUUCAUGAUUCUAUGUGGCGUGUUUUGUGUUUCAACUCUGAUAGCAAUGGAGGUUCUUCUGGAUACUAUGAGCCUGGAAUGGAUGCAGGUCCUUUAAUGCCGACUGGUGUCAAACGACAGAGUUUCUACAGCUGGUAUGGUACUAAGAAUGCUUAUGGCAUUGGAAGCAGCAGACACACUCAAACUAGUUCUUCAGGAACACUGAUAGCAAGUGGAUCUAAUCGAAGCAGCGAGUCUGUUCUUAAACCUGUGCAGCUUGCUAUGGGGGGUCCUGUUGUGGAGCAAGUAGCACCGGCAAGUAGCCAGUCAAUUACCCAGUCUAGCAGCCAAAUAGUUCAGCCCAUUUUGCAGCACCUCUCAUUGAUUGCCUCUCAACCCAGCAGCCAACAACUUGCUCAGGCUAGCUCUGAAGCCAUAACCCAUGACAGCAGCCAGCAGCUAACACAGGCUAGUUACCAGUCCUUGACCCCAUCUGACAACCAGCAGUCUCACUCCCAGCCCAGUAGCCAACAACCUGUCAAUGUGGUCUCUGGAACCAUUGUUCAGCCCAGUAAUCAGCAGUCAGUGCUGAGUAGAUCUCAGCCCGAAAGCCCAGUUCUUGCACAGGCCAGUUUUCAAUCUGUGGCCCAACCUCAAGCUGGUGGUCUUUCACUUGUUAAACCCCGUGAGGUUAGACUUUCCCAAAUUGGUUCAAGGCUUUUUUCAGGUACCAGGCCUGUCCAGAUUAUAAGUGAAGGGUUUUUCAAACCGGGAAUGCAUAGCAGUGAAUCUGUAGUUAAACCUGUACCACUGGCUCUCCAAGCCCCUAUUGAACAACUUGGCCAGUCCAGUUACCAGUCUGUUGCUCAGGUUAGCAGCCAACAAUCCUCACAUGCUAGUGGUGCACAACCAGUACAAACCAGCUACCAGUCUGUGAGAGAGGUCAGCGGUCAGCAACCAUUGCGGGCAAGUUUCCAGUCAGUUGUCCAAACCAGCAGCCUGUCUGAAGCCCAAUCCAUUAGCCAGCAGAUACCACAUAACAGCUACCAAUCUGUUUCUCAGUAUAGGGGACAACAACCAGAGCAUAGCCUUUACCAGAGAGUGGCUCAGUCUAGUAACCAUCAAACAGCACAAGGCACUGCUGUGCAACCAGUAAAGGCUAGCCAUGAAUCUGCAGGCCAAUCCAGUAGCCAACAGCUACCACAGACAAGCAAUCAGUCAGUGGAUCAUUCCAGCAGCUGGCAGUUAGCACAAGCUAGCUCCAUAUCAGAGGCUCAGUCAAGCAACCAGCAACCAGCCCAAGCCAGCUAUCCAUCAGUGACCCAGUCCAGCAGCCAGCAACCAGCCCAAGCCAGAUAUCCAUCAGUGGCUCAGUCCAACAGCCAGCAACCAGUCCAAGCCGGCUAUCUGACAGUGGCUCACUCCAGCAGCCAGCAACCAGCCCAAGCCAGCUAUCCAUCAGUGGCUCAGUCCAGCAGCCAGCAACCAGCCCAAGCCAGUUAUCUGACAGUGUCUCAGUCCACCAGGCCACAGUUUGCAGAAGUUGGCUCGUUGUCAGUGGCUCAGUCCAGCAGCCAACAACCAGCCCAAGCCAGUUAUCUGACAGUGUUUCAGUCCACCAGGCCACAGUUUGCAGAAGUUGGCUCGUCAGUGGCUCAGUCAAGCAGCCAAGAACCAGCUCAACCUGGCUAUCGAUCAGAGGCUCAGUCCAGCAGCCAGCAACCAGCCCAAGCCAGCUAUCCAACAGUGGAUCAGUCCAGCAGCCAACAACCAGCCCAAGCCAGCUAUCCAUCAGUGGCCCAGUCCAGCAGCCAACAACCAGCCCAAGCCAGCUAUCCAUCAGUGGCCCAGUCCAGCAGCCAGCAACCAGCCCAAACCAGCUAUCCAUCAGCGGAUCAGUCCACCAGGCCACAGUUGGCAGAAGUUGGCUCGUUGUCAGUGGUCCAGUCCAGCAGCCAGCAUCCAGCCCAAGCCAGCUAUCCAUCAGUGGCCCAGUCUAGCAGCCAACAACCAGCUCUAGCUGGCUGUCUUUUGAUGGUCCAGUCCAGCAGCCAGCAACCAGCCCAAGCCAGCUAUCCAUCAGUGGCUCAGUCCAGCAGCCAACAACCAGUCCAUGCCAGCUAUCCAUCAGUGGCUCUGUCCAGCAGCCAGCAAACAGACCAAGCCAGCUAUCCAUCAGUGGCUCAGUCCAGCAGCCAACAACCAGCCCAAGCCAGCUAUCCAUCAGCGGCUCAGUCCAGCAGCCCACAACCAGCCCAAGUCAGCUAUCUGACAGUGGCCGAGUCCAGCAGCCAGCAACCCGCUCAAGCCAGCUAUCCAUCAGUGGCUCAGUCCAGCAGCCAACAACCAGCCCAAGCCAGCUAUCUGACGGUGGCUCAGUCCAGCAUCCAGCAACCAGCUCAAGCCAGCUAUCCAUCAGUGGCUGAGUCCAGCAGCCAGCAACCUGCCCAAGCCAGCUAUCUGACAGUGGCUGAGUCCAGCAGCCAGCAACCAGCCCAAGCCAGCUAUCCAUCAGUGGCUCAGUCCAGCAGUCAGCAACCAGCCCAAGCCAGCUAUCCAUCAGUGGAUCAGUCCAGCAGCCAGCAACCCGCUCAAGCCAGCUAUCCAUCAGUGGCCCAGUCCAGCAGCCAGCGACCAGCCCAAGCCAGCUAUCUGACGGUUGCUCAGUCCAGCAGCCAACAACCAGCCCAAGCCAGCUAUCCAUCAGUGGAUCAGUCCAGCAGCCAGCAACCAUCUCAAGCCAGCUAUCCAUCAGUGGCCCAGUCCAGCAGCCAGCAACCAGCCCAAUCGAGCUAUCCAGCAGCGGCACAGUCCAGCAGCCAGCAACCAGCUCCAGCCAGCUAUCUGACAGUGGCCCAGUCCAGCAGCCAGCAACCAGCUCAAGCCAGCUAUCUAUCAGUGGCCCAGUCCAGCAGCCAGCAACCAGCUCAAGCCAGCUAUCCAGCAGCGGCACAGUCCAGCAGCCAGCAACCAGCUCCAGCCAGCUAUCUGACAGUGGGCCAAUCCAGCAGCCAGCAACCAGCCCAAGCCAGCUAUCUAUCAGUGGCCCAGUCCAGCAGCCAGGAACCAGCUCCAGCCAGCUAUCUGACGGUGGCUCAGUCCAGCAGCCAGCAACCAGCUCAAGCUGGCUAUCUGACAGUGGCCCAGUCCAGCAGCCAGCAACCAGCUCUAUCCAGCUAUCUGACGGUGGCCCAGUCCAGCAGCCAGCAACCAGCUCAAGCCGGCUAUCCAUCAGUGGCUCAGUCCAGCAGCCAGCCACCAGCCCAAGUCAGCUAUCUAUCAGUGGCUCAGUCCGGCAGGCCACAGUUAGCCGAAGUUGGCUCAUCAGUGGCCCAGUCAAGCAGCCAACAACCAGUUCAAGCUGGCUAUCUUUCAAUGUCUCAGUCCAGCAGCCAGCAACCAGCCCAAGCCAGCUACCUGACAGUGGCCCAGUCCAGCUCCCACGCUCUAGUCAAACCCGGGCGGUCCAGGUAUGGGUCUGCAUUGUCACCCAGCCACCAGGUCUCUGCCAGGCCAUUGCAAUCUGGUUUCAUACCCAAGCCAGCACAAUCUAGUUAUGAGUCUUCAUCCCAGCAGCAACCAAGCUCGCUGCCAUUUGUUGGGCCUGGACAUACAAGUUAUGCUUUUAGAUUACUGCGCACUGACCAGGCCACAAUGGAGGCAUCUAACAACCAAGCUCUAUCAAAACCAGACCAAGAUGUGUACCAGCCUUCACCCAUGUUGGUCAAGCCAGUGCAACCAACCUACAGGCCCCCAAUUAAACUUCAGCCUCCUAGCUACCAGCCUCAAAAGCUCCAGUCUGCCGCACAGCCCGGAUUCUUUUCUGCAGAGAAACCAGUGCAGACGAGGUUCCAGGCACAGUCAAGUUAUGAUUCUACCCCUCUAGCAGCGCUGACUGAAUACGGUGUUGCAUCAACUCCAGAGCAGUCAAGGUCCCAUUCUCAAUCUGGAUUUAGUUCCCAAUCUAUGGCAAAACCCAGUGAUCUGCUUGUUUCUUCACCCAGUUUAUUGCAGUCUGGGUAUGCAUAUCCAGCACGGGUGCAUCAUCAGACUGAUUCUCACAACACUGAAAACUUCCUUGUGCCUGCUGAAAGACAACAUUCAUCUCGCAGCAAAUUCAGGGUUGUGCAAGGAGUGAAGUCACGAUUGUUUACUUGAUGUUUUAAAAAUCUUUUUUGGCACAGAAAAUAAAAAAAAUA